UUACCGCGGCAUCGCGUCGUCUCGCGGCAGUGCGUUUAAUCGGUGGCCCGCAAAAGAGAUUCUCUAUUCUUCCUUUGGAAUUGCUCGUUUUCAUUUGCUCUAACUCGGACGUGUCAGGCAAUUGCGAGACUGCACAGUAAUAUCUUGGUGUUUUAAGUAGAAUAAAAAAAGUCCAUAUCGCGCCACCAUCAUGGUAUGUUCUAUCGAUGAUAUUGCUGACGAACUGCCGGCGGAACAAAUUGCCGUUCUGCGCAAAGCUUUCGACAGCUUCGACAGGGACAAGAGCGGCAGCAUCCCCACUGACAUGGUAGCCGAUAUUCUUCGGCUAAUGGGCCAACCGUUCAACAAGAAAAUUUUGGACGAACUCAUCGAUGAAGUUGAUGCCGAUAAAUCUGGACGGCUUGAGUUUGAGGAAUUCGUCACGUUGGCGGCGAAAUUUAUUGUUGAGGAAGACGCAGAAGCUCUGGAAAAGGAACUUCGAGAGGCUUUCAGACUCUACGACAAGGAAGGUAAUGGCUACAUCCCAACGACGUGCUUACGUGAGAUCCUGAGAGAAUUGGAUGAUCAAUUGACGAAUGAAGAAUUGGACAUGAUGAUCGAAGAGAUUGACUCUGAUGGCUCCGGUACAGUUGAUUUCGACGAGUUUAUGGAGAUGAUGACCGGCGAAUAGUUACCUCGAAUGAAUGGUGAACUGCUUUUGGAUCCAAAGACAUAUGUGCAUGCAAUCAUUACAUUGAACUGAUCAUUCACAUGUUUAUGAUGAUGACGAAUCAAUGCGCAGGAAAAAAAUUUAUUCGUACAAAUAUCCUUCCAUUUUGUGAUUAGUCAUCGAAAGAAAAUUCCUGCCAUGAACAUUACAUCGAAUGAAUAUUCCCUGCUUUUAUACACACGUCAUAUUUAUUAUGGUAAACAAAUUUUACUUUCAUAUACUAAACCCUUAGAGUUUUUUUUUUGUUAAAAAAAUCAAUAUAUUUAUUGUUAUUAAUAAAACAAGAUAAAAAUCUUAUAUUUUCUGUUGUUUGACAAUACGAAUAAUUUUCCUCUUAUGCGCGUGUGUUUCGUUAUACGAGACGAGAAAUUUUUAAUGUUUCUCGACUUAAAUCUGAACCUGAAAUUUCUACACUUAAGUAAAUCUCUUUUUUCAUGUUAGUUCGACUCUGAGGCUGUUCAAUAUAGAAAACAUAUACCUACUUUUAUCAUAUUAUUUUUUAACGACAUUUUUUAGUCCAUUUGUAAAACUAAAUGUAACGCAAAUUAUGUAAUCUAACAUCUAUUUUUGUCCAGUUUGUUUAUAUAUAUAUUUGUCUAUAUAUUUUGUUUAUAUAUAUUUCUUUUAUUUUCCUAGUUUUUAGACAUGGAGAAAUACUUUAUUUCUGAGUGCUUCUUAACAAUAUUCCGAUCAUACAAAUAUCUCGAAUAGUUAUAUCUGUCAUUAUAACUAUUAUAAAUUUUACUAUUACUAAUAUAAAUUUUACUAUUACUAAUAUAAGUUUUCUAUUGAAUAAUUAGGUUAAAUCAUGAAUUACUAAUGAUGAGAAAAAGAGGAAAUGUCAAUACCUUGCCUGAGGAUUAUCAGCUAAACUUUUUAUUUAUUUAACAUUCAAUUAAUCACAAUAAAUUUGAGAUUCCUUUAUAAUUGACAUGUUGACAGUUGCAAACAUAACAUAGAAUAACAUGCUUCAAAAAAUAUAGUCACUAAUUAUAGACUAGCAAGUUUACCGAUAGCACAGUGGCACCUAGUAAGUCUUAUAAGUAAAUUCACGAGAAAGUUUUCCUAUCUAAACUUUAUUUUAUAUAAUUAAAACAAUUUUUAAAUAACGGCAUUGUAUUCAGAUGUGAAAGUACUUGUCUUACUGAAAAAUAAGCUAUAUAUAAACUAGAAUUUAAUUUCUAUGACUUAGAAUAUUAUUCUGACACAUAUAUGUGGACUAGAUUAUAUAUAUUUUACGAAGAAAUACUGCUAUAUAUAAUUUUAUAUAAUUGAUUUUUAUCCAUCUUUUAACAAUACAUACAGAGAUAUAUGUAUAUCAGCUGUAUGUUUAUAUUAAACUUUAUCUCUCAAUACAUAAUCUCUAUAUAUAAAUUAAUAUGGAGAUUAAUUAUACAACUACUAAAGAUAUAAUUUAGUUAUGCAAAUAUUGGAAUGCUUUUAAAUAUCAAUGGUCCUCGUAAUAAGAGUGAAAAGGACUUCUUCGUUAUUUCAUGUGUUAUAUAUAAAUAAUGCGUUAUAUAUAAUAAUUUUGCGCGAAAUAGUUAUCUCUUCACUCUAAAUACUUAUAAUUUCAUCUAAAUAUAUUACAACAAACGACAUCUUGUAGCACCACAACCGAAUGAAGACAUUUAUGGCAGUCAUAAAACAUAUCGUCGAUAUUUCGUGAAUUGUGCGCAUUUCGCUAUUUCCUUUACUAAUUGUAAGAUUAAAAUAAAAUAAGCCAGGACUAACAAAAACUCAUUGCGUGAGUUUGAUUUCUUUUUAAUAAAUUCACAGAUCUAUACUUAGACGAGAGUUUGCAAGUCAUCUUCCUCUAAAUCUUGAUCAGAGGAUGAAAUUAAAUGUCACAUCUUAAAUAAAUGUGGAAAUUCGUUGCUAAUUUCGCGUACUACUUUCUGAUCUUCUUGGCUCUCUGUUGUUUCCUCACAGAAUAUUCUAGGACAGAAUACAAAAUGUAAUAAAAUAAAAUUUGAUACAAAAA